AUGGCUUCUUUAAUCACCACCAUUCAAUCCAAGCUGGGCUAUUCAUCCCAGAAAGCCCUUCUUCUCGGCGCCGGCUUCGUCACAAAACCUACCGUUCAAAUCCUCGCAGACGCUGGCGUCGAGGUCACUAUUGCCUGUCGGACGCUUGAAAGUGCCAAAUCUCUUGCCGGAGGCAUCAAGAACACUCGCCCAAUUUCUCUCGAUGUCACCAAUGAUGAAGCACUUGAUGCUGAGGUUGCCAAGGUCGACCUUGUCAUCUCACUGAUUCCUUAUACCUUCCACGCCACAGUCAUCAAAUCUGCCAUCCGCAAGAAGAAGAAUGUGGUCACAACCAGCUACGUCUCACCCGCCAUGCUCGAACUCGAGGACCAGGCCAAAGAGGCGGGCAUUACAGUUUUGAACGAAAUUGGUCUCGAUCCCGGUAUUGAUCAUUUGUACGCCGUCAAGACUAUUGAGGAAGUCCAUAAGGCUGGAGGGAAAAUCACUUCCUUCCUGUCAUAUUGCGGUGGUCUGCCAGCUCCUGAAGCCAGUGGCAAUCCAUUGGGUUAUAAAUUCUCCUGGUCAAGUCGAGGUGUGCUUUUGGCCCUUCGCAAUGCGGCAAAGUUCUACAAGGAUGGCAAGGUCGUGGACAUUCCUGGCCCUGAACUUAUGGCCACCGCAAAGCCCUACUUCAUCUAUCCCGGCUACGCUUUCGUCGCCUACCCCAAUAGAGACUCCACUCCGUACCGAGAACGUUACAACAUCCCAGAAGCUCAAACCGUCAUUCGUGGCACGCUACGAUACCAAGGUUUCCCCGAGUUCGUCAAAGUCCUCGUUGACAUUGGUUUCCUCUCAGACGAGGAGCAAUCUUUCUUGAAGCCCUCCGACAAGCCCAUCACAUGGGCCGAAGCUACACAGAAGAUCAUUGGAGCCACAUCAAGCAAAGAGUCCGACCUCGCAUGGGGUAUCUCCUCCAAGACCUCCUUCACCGACACACCCGAGAAGGACCGCAUCAUCAGCGGCUUGAAGUGGAUAGGCGUCUUCUCCGACAAGCCCAUCACCCCUCGCGGCAAUCCUCUCGACACACUCUGCGCCACACUCGAAGAGAAGAUGCAGUACGAGAAGGACGAGCGUGACAUGGUCAUGCUCCAGCACAAGUUCGAGAUCGAGCACAAGGACGGCAACAAGGAGACUCGCACAAGCACUUUGGCCGAUUAUGGUGAUCCAAAGGGUUACAGCUCCAUGGCCAAAUUGGUCGGUGUCCCUUGUGGUGUCGCCUGCCUGAUGGUUCUUGACGGUCGCAUCAAGCAGACAGGUAUACUCGCUCCUGUCACUUGGGAUCUGGCCGAGCCUAUCCUCAAGGAGUUGAAGGACAACUAUGGCAUCUUCUUGACUGAGAAGACCGUCGACUAA